AAAACUUUUCUUGAAGCGUGUAAGGAGGUGUCUGUAUUUUGUAGGCCUAUUGCAUAACUGAAGUUUUCAGAUAAUAAUAUAGGCCUAUAAAUUAAUGAUUUCGCCACUGAUGUUCCAGUAAAGUAAAAAUGUUGUAAGCGCAAGGAGUGUUAUCAAUUUAAUAUUUCUCAUCCAACGGAGAAGAUGGAAGGAUUCUCAAAAACUAAAGGCACUGAGAAACCAGUGUUAACACUAAGUGUUCAUUGUCCAUUGAAUGAUGGGAGAGAAGACCAGAAAGUUGAUGAGGAAAAGCAGCCUUAUGGUCCAGUGCAAGAUAAUACACCCAAAACAAUGGCUGUUGCUAAUUUCUCCCAAAUUGAGGUUGACACAAACCUCCGUGAAGCCCCUGAUAACUGGCUCAGGGGCAAGAAGUACUUCAAAGUGCCUAGGAAUUGGCUGAACAGUGAAAGUGCAAAGUUUUCCAGUUUACUGAUGGCAGAGAGUUAUCUGGAAACGGUGACUGAAGUGAAUGUAAUUACUGCAGCAGAGAAUAUCAAGAAACUACUCAAAAUGCCAUUCAGUAAGGCACAGAUCAGCAUGGCUGUUCAUCGUAUAGAUAAGACACUGCUUCUUGAUGAGCUUGAUUUGUACAAACACUUUGGGACAUCACAGUCAAAUGAUCUCGAUUGGUUUUACUCAUUUAUUCGUGGAAUCCUACUUCAAGAUGGCAAAAACUUCAAGCGACGCAAGAAACACAAAGAAAAUUCGCAGAAAUGGAAUCUCCUAUCAAAGUUUUUAUAUCAUAGCAUUGGACAGUGCGAUCAAGAUGCACUGGAAUUAGAGCAAGUUCCUGAGGCAUCCUCCCCUGAGCCAACAGUGUGUGAUUUUGCAAGACAAGUUCUGUGGAAAUUUGAGGACAUCAGCAUGUUACUAGGCACUGAUCUACCAAUAUUUGGUGGGGGCACAUUCCCAGCAGUUAGUUUGCGAUUAAGAGAUACUAACAGCCCUAUUAAUGUUCUGACCGGUAUGGACUACUGGUUGGACAACCUGAUGUGCAAUGUCCCAGAGCUCGCCAUGUGUUACCAUCUUGACGGCUUUGUCCAAAAAUAUGAGGUCAUUAAAACAGAGGAGAUUCCACACAUUUCUCAAGCACAGUUCUCCCCAAAGGUUGUGAAGGAUGUCGCACAGAAUAUCUUGUCAUUUAUCAAGAGCAACUGCACACAGGAAGGCCACACCUACUGGUUGUUUAAAGGUAACAAUGAUGAUGUCAUCAAGUUAUAUGACCUGAGUAGCUUGUAUGAGGAUUCAACUCAAAGAGGAAAGAAUCCAUUUGUGAUGCCUGUUGCCCUCUUACUCUAUAAGGUUGCCAGGAACAUGUCAAUUUCUGACCCAAGUAAAAGAAAUGUCAUAUGCAAAUUAUUAACAAAUUGCAUUGAACUACUAGAAGAAACAGGACAGGACAACACCGAGAUAAUGGCAGCAGCUACGUUCCUUCUAGGUCACACGUUACUGACUAAAGUCCAUAGCACGGAUGACGAUACAGACGAGGAGAUACUGACCGAGAUGCUCCACACAGAGGUCAGCGAAGCUAUCAAACCCACCUUGGAAUUUGAUGUACGGCGGUUGAUGAAUCCAGGGGAGAUGGUUGACAAUACAGUGGAUAGCAAAGCUACAACAAAGGAACUGAAAUCACCACACGAACUGGCAAAGGUGACUGUAGAUUGUGUUGUGAAGGGUUUGAGAUGUAUCGAAAAUUGUGAGUCAUCGAAUGUUUGUACGAGUUCUCAGCCAAUCCCAUUGAAAUACAAGACAAGUACGAAAAACUCCAGAACUCGCAACGAUAGUUUAACCAGGUCAACCAGUCCCGGUAUGCGUUUACCCGUGGAGUCGUGGCAACAGAAGUACAAAUUGGAUUUACUUCAAGAUGGUUUUAACAGUUUCCUGAUUCUGGCCAAACAUGAGAUACAAAUGCGGAGCUAUGGGAUAGCGCUGCGUUAUGUGCGAGUUGCUCUAUCCUGUUUUGAGAGUGUCUUUGAUUAUGUGUAUGCAUGCAAGAUUGGUGAUUGCAACAAGAGAAUAAGUGAGAUCUUAGAGAUCUGUGGAGAUGCUCACUUGCUGAUGGUGGACGAUGUCAAACAUCACCAACAACAGUUCAAUGAGAUUUCUGAAAACGAGUCCAAGAUCUUAGAACAUGUGACAGUAGAUUCUGAAAUGGAAGACUUGUCAUGGGCAGUUCAAUUCCAGUCAGUUAGACAAGAUUGCUUGGAAACUGCUAAUCACUGUUAUGAGUCCAUUUUGGAUCAUUAUGGUGAAGGUCACGACCCUGACGUUCUAAUUACAAUAACGAGAAAGCUUGGCAGUACACGUAAUGAGCUCGGAAUCUGGUUUAUGAAUCUUGCAAUUAAAAAACGACAGAAAGCUUUCACUUUGGAGGAGGAACAGAAUCUGUGGUCUGAAAGUUACAAAUGUUUUGAAAAAGCACUGAAAGCAUUCAAAGCUGUUGAGGAUGUUGCUAACAUUGCCUUACUCUACAACAACAUGGGCCGAUUGAUGAGGACAUGCGCUCAGGCCAUCAUGGGGAAAUGGGACGAAGGACGGUCUAGAGAGUUCAGUGAUGAUGAGAGGCAUUAUUUUAAUAAGGCUGUUGAUUAUUAUCAGAAGGGAAAGAGUAUACUCAAGAAUAGAACCGUGCACCCUGGGAUAUGGGAUGCAAUUACAUGGGAAUUGUCAACAACUUAUUUCACCAUGGCAACAGCACUGCAAGACAAUGCUCCCCUCUCAAAGCUAACAAGGGAAGAGGUUGAAAAAGAGGUUCUGCAUCUGAUGCACCAAGUGUUGUCGUUGUCAGAGUCGAGUGAACCAACGUCAAGUCACGCCAUCCUCCAUCAGUUCCGUACAGCAAACGUCUACCAUCGAUUAGGCUCAAUGUAUCAUAGUUCACUAAGAAACCAGGUGUCAGAUAAAAAGAAGCGCUACACAAGGUCUCUUGCUAACCACAACUACGAGAAAGCCGAGAAACUUUUCAGAGUUUUGGAGAGACCAACAGAACUACUACGGGUACUACUUGAAAGAAUGGCAAUGAUUGAGCACCAAUUUCACAGUCAAACAGGAAAUUCAACUAAGAUAAAAUCCUUACAGUGCUGUUUGGAAAUGUUGCUGCAGUGCAAAGGAGCAAUAGAAAUGCUACAGCAAGAACAAUCCACUUCUCAACCACCACAACAGGCUUCUUGUUCAGAAACAGUUGAACCAGUCAAGAAUCAUGGUGAACAACCUACCUCAGAAAUUCCAGACAAUUUAGCAAUUGAAAAAUGUAAACAAAACUAUAGUCUUCCCGUUGUAAGGGAAGAAGGUUUUCCACUGGAAUCCACAGAUCAAUCAGAAAGAAAAUUUCAAGGUUCGACAUUAGAGGAUCCUAAACCAAUACAGGCUGCAGAAUUAGAUUCUACAACAGAAGUUGAACAAACAGAAGUUGAACAAAAACUUGAAUCUAGCAAAAAUAAGCAAUCAUUGGUACUCGCAUGUCAGCAAGUUGUAAAUUCAAAAGCAUCCGUUUGCGAAGCUGUUGACAGCACUACAUCCGUUUCUAUAGAUAUUGAAAAUAAAUCAAAUGAAAGAGGUGGAAAACAGAACACACCAUCCAAUACUUGUACAACAGAAAGUAAUUCUAAGAGUUGUGAUAGUCUUGGCAUAGAUGAAGAUGCAGAGGUCAAAAGACUUGAAGGCAUUCUGAAAGCAAGGCUUCAAUAUGUGCUCCUCAACCUUGUCAAAAUUCACUCUACUAUGAAACGUAACAAAGACAAUGAAAAGGCUUGCACAGAAUAUAAGAAGAUGUACGCUACAUCGCUCAAGAUCGGUUCAUCCGAGAAGUACACCUUAUUACUAUCAUUAACUGAGAUAAAUGUACUAAAUGAAAAAUUGCAAACGGGGGAAUUAGGAUGAAAAUGAACAAUAAAUACAAAGGAUGGCAACGUAUUCUAA